AUGAAUCCAUACGAGGCUUACGGCUCUCCCACUGGUGAUAGAUCACCGCCAAGGUAUCGUGGAAGGGACGAGUCGUAUGACCGAGGCGACUCGUACAGACGAAGAUCUCCUGUGGCCAAUGACCGACGUCGACCUGCUCCUCGCAACCGCUCACGUUCUCCAGUAGCUAUUGAUCGGUAUCAACCCGAUCGAGACCGAGAACGAGACCGAGAACGCAAUACGCGUGAUGACUAUUAUGAGGGCGCCAGGACUGCUGCAAGGGACACAAGAGAUACGAGAGAUGCAAGAGAGCGGGAUGAUCGCAGAAGAGCACCUUCGCCCACUGCUGCCAACAUCGAUCGAUACGUCCCAGGUCAGGAAUCCAACAAGCCGGCUGUCAAGGUCAAUCCUCUCGCCAAUCCUCUGGCUUUAGACACGCAAGCAGGUUUCAGCUUCUUCGCGGAUUGGUGGCGACUUGAGCAACAAGUCAAAGAAGAGAAAGAACGAGCCAAACAUGGCGGUAGACGGCCUUCAGACCGUGUCAAGGGUGAACGCGAGGCCAAGGAAGACCGCGAGAAAGAGCGAGCACAAAUCCAACAGGCUUACGAUCAAUACAAACAAGAGUUUCAGGUAAAAAUGGCGCGGCAAUUUGUCCUCCAGCACAAAGGAGAAGAAUGGUUCAAAGAGCGAUACGUUCCCGAAGUACGAGAUCCGAUCCGAAAGCGUUUGAUGGAAUCCCGAGAACCGUCUUUUGACCAAUGGGUUAGAGACCUAGAAACGGGAGUUUUCGACGAGUUCACUCUUGAGGGCAUCUAUAAGAAUGAUAGUGACGGGGCCGGCGGAAUGGUGGAGAAAGAAGAAGGCGAAGCCGUCGGUGGCGGUGAAGUCCUGGGUGUGCUCGACCUCGUCCCUGCCAAAGGUGGCGAUCUGAAAGAUGAAUCUGUUCAGCAACCUGCUCUGCUCAUCAAGACACUGGCGCCUAAUGUCGGCCGCGAGCGCAUUGAGGAGUUCUGCAAAGAACAUCUGGGUGAGGAUGCAGGAGGGUUCAAAGGCUUAUCGCUGAGUGACCCCAACCCGGCAAAGAAAUUUCACCGCAUCGGCUGGAUCAUGCUGAACCAUGCGCCAGAAGAGGACGGCGAUGUCAUGCAGGACAUUGAGCGCGGUGAUGGCCGGGACGAGGAUGGUGAAGAGGGCGAAGAAAAGGCACAGCCGGAGAAAACCAGCGCUGCCCAGAAAGCUCUCGAUCUUAUUAAUGGUAAGACCAUCACGGAUCCGGUGAGAGGCGACUUCACCUGUCAUGUUGGUAUCCACAACGCACCGAGUGCCCCGCGGAAGAAGGCACUUUGGGAUUUGUUUUCGGCGCCGGAACGAGUCGAACGAGAUCAUGAACUUGCGAGACGACUUGUCGCCAAGCUUGAUGCCGAGCUUGGCAAGGAUGAACAUUCCGGCGCUUUGGCAAAGAUUGAUGCUCGCGUGGACCAAAUGAGAAACCAAGGACUUCUACAGCCUACGCCGAAACCCAAAAAGCCAACCUUUGAAGACAACGACGAUGAGAUCAAGUUUGAAGAGGAAGGUGAAGAAGGUGAAGAGGAAGAAGAUGAACAGGAUGACGAGGAAUUGUUGGUCGUCAAAAAGAAGUUGGACCUUAUGGUUGAGUAUCUUCGACGAGUCUACAACUUUUGCCUGUUUUGUGUGUUUGAAUCCGACUCAGUCCACGAAUUGGUCCGCAAGUGCCCUGGAGGUCAUCUUCGAAGACCGAGGGCUGGGUUGAGCUCGGCAGCCAAGGCGGCGGCCAGGGCGAGCGCGCUCGGUGAGCCAUUUCCCGGCAAGAAGAAAGAUGGUCGAAGCGAGAAUGGGAUGGACGAUGAGCCACUUAGCCCCGUCCAGGAGAGGCGCCCUCAGAAGUUCAACAAAAACGAUCAGCAGCUUCUUCGAGCGUUCAACUGGGUCAAGACUUUCGAGGAGAAGGUGCUACAGAUUCUCGAACCCGAAUACGUGGAUUUGAAAAAGAUUGGAGGCAAGCCCGUGGACGAGGCGUUGGAUGAAGAGUUGGCGAAAUUUGUCAAGCAAGAGGACGAGGCCAAAUUUCGCUGUCGGGUGCCCGAAUGCACGAAGCUGUUCAAAGCAGAGCAUUUCUGGCGGAAGCAUGUGGAAAAGAGACACGAGGAAUGGUUCCUGUCUCUCAAGAACGACCUUCAACUUGUGAACACAUACGUUCUAGACCCUUCUCACAUCGCGCCAUCGCGAUCAGAUGCAAACUCCAACGGACAUUUCCCUCUGCCUCAGAAUCACCAUCUCAAUAACGGCACUCCUCGUGGUUUUAGCCUUCAGAAUAUUGGGAUGAACAUGAUGACUUUCGGCCAGAAUGCCAUGAUGAACAUGCAGAAUGUCCACGGGCCACUCGUGCCCGGCGUUAAUUUCAGCACGGACGGCAUGAAUGGAAGUGGAGGACAUAAUGGUGGUCCUAUACGGCGUGGCGGGAACAGAUACGGCAAUCGACCUGGACCAUAUGACCGCACUCAACGCGUUGGACAACGUGGCUACAAUAAUAAUAUGGGUGGUAUGCUACGAGGCAACCUUGUCCCUGGUCUCCCACCCGGGUUCAUCGCUCAGGGUGGAGGCGGAGGCGGAGGCAAAUGGGGAGAUGGUGCUGGUGGUGGUCAGAAUGCCAUGGGGCCAAGAGAGGCGACUCAGGGUAGAAGCCUCAAAAGCUACGAGGAUCUCGACGCUCAGCCCAACAGUGGCGGCGGCCACGCUGGAGCCACCGCGGCGGCGCAGGCCGGCGGGGGUGCAGAGCUGGACUAUUGA